CCGUGGACCAACAGGCCUCUGCAUAGUCCGGGAAAGUUUUGCAAAACGAAACUGCGGAUACAUUUUCACAAAAUUUGUCAUUUCACAAUAUUGUCACACUCUGUGUGACUCGUCAUAUGGUUUGUAACUAAUAAAGCAAUAAUACUGAGUACCCAAUGUGCAUCUUAGCAAGCUGAUGGCUUUCAGAGGAAGAGGGGGCGGUCCAUUCUAUGCAGGCGGGUAUGGGCCGCCUAAUAGACAAAUGCUGAUUUGCCAGCAACUAGGAAUAGCCUAUCCACCAGAUGUUGUUCAAGUCCAUGCCUACAUAAUGGCGGUGAAGCAAGACGCAGGUCAUGCCUUGAACAACAAUUUUCUCAACGAUGCCCACAAACUGUACUCCCUCGCCUUGCUUGGGUGUGAGCUGUGUCCCACAAUGACCAAGGUCGUAGAGGAGAGACCCAAGCUGCUGUGUAAUCAGUCGCUUGUGUGUUUGAAGCUUCACCGUUUUGAAGAUGCUGAGGAGUAUGCUCAGACAGCUAUUACUGUGUGUCCUGCAUUUGUUAAGGGUUACUGGAGAGCCUUCCAAGCAGUGAAAGCGGGCCACAAGGAGGCACUGAAUGCCUUAAUCUUCCUCUCAGGGGGCAUGGCGCAAUGUCUAUCGGCAGGCAAUACCAAUGACCUGGUGGACUUUGUAGUAGAGUUAUGUGACCUCAUGUCUUCAACACCAAGAGACGAGACAAGGCUGAUAAACACGAUCUGCAGUAGUGGCAUUGGCUCAGUUCCAGUAGAUACCUGGCAGACAGUUGUCUGCCGGCUGGCCCAGAACCACAAGUGGGAAAGUCUUGCUAUGCUGUUUUGUGGACGACACAGUGGACCAUCGGAGCCAUUGGAAGGCGUUGCUUUUAAAUUAAAAGUGAAUUGCUCCGGCGUGAGUGUGGGGACACUUCUAGCUGACAUUACCUACCCUGCACUGAAAUCAUGGGGCGAAGAACUGGCUAUGAUGUUGCUUGUAAAUGGAGCAUCUGAAGUUGAAAUCGGACAGAAGAAUAAUAUGCCCACAUUGCACUACGUGGUGACUCUGGCACUCAGAUUGGAGAGUAUACGUCUUCUGAAUGUGGUGGCAGCAGGGUAUAGAGGUCAGAGAAAGCAGAACGUACAGAAUGUGGACGGGAACACGGCAUUACAUGUGCUCGCCUUGUCAGAAAAGAUUGACACAGAAACAGGUCGGGAAAUCCUGGACCUACUCCUUACUAUGGGGUGCGAUGUGACCAUUCGUAACAACAAGAAUCAGACAGCCUUGGAUUGCUUGAAGCCUACAGAUAAGGCCUUCUCACUGUUGAAGCAAGCUGAUAAACAGUCUGUGGAACAACUCCGCGGAGCACUUGAACAGCUCAAGUCACAGGGAAAUGAAGCCUUGAAGUCUCGAGACUAUGCCCAGGCUCUAAAGUUCUACGAUCAGGGAUUGCUGAUAUCCCAGAAGUCUGAGCAGCUCUAUAAGGAGGCAGCCGUCUUGUACAGUAACCGUGCCAACGUGUGUUGCACCCUGGGCCACCAUGAGGAAGCUCUCGCCAACGCAAUGGCUGCCACUACCUGUGAUAAAACAUACACAAAGGGCUACUGGUGGAAUGGCAAGGCACUGCAAGCCCUCAACAACCCUGAUGCCAGCUUCGACGUGUACAUGACCGGAUAUGAACAGGUCGCCACUGUCGACAAGAUCACAUUCCUGUUAGAGGCAGUGCAAACAUUGAAACUGCUGCCAAAGGCCUCUCUGACAGAGCGCUACAAGCAGCUAAAGGUGGUUGAUACAGAACUGUGGCCACAAGUGUUGGGCAAGCUGAGUGUGAAAGCAGACUGGAAGACCUUGGCCUACCUGAUACUGGGAGCCAACAUGGAGAACAAUCAGAGAUAUGAACAGUAUGUUACAGUCUAUGAGAUACCUAACAUCUGCUCAGGCGUUGCUGGGCAACACUCGACUGUCGAGGUAAAGGCCAGCACAGUGUUUGAAUUCCUGAGGAAAUGUGAAAGCCUUAAGUCAACUGUGCACUGGUUGGACGCCACCCUGUUUGCUGUGUGUCAUUAUGGCAAACCUACCGCCAUGAAAAGUUUGUGUGAAGAUGAAUCUGAUACUAUUCUGCAUGCUGUUGUUCGAUUUGCAUUGACCACUGCGAGACUGUCACUCCUGCAGGAGAUUCUGAAUUUGAACAUCCAGACGGAAGAAAGGAACGGUUUGGGUGACACGGUGUUUCACACUGUCACAAAGUUCCACCCUGUGCCCGACCCUCAGGUGUUGAAGAAGGUCUCUGAGCUUCUUCUGAAGAAAGGCUUUAAUGUUGCAUCAAGAAAUUCGGAAGGUAAACUUCCAGUAGAAUACCUGGACAAGUCCUGCCCAGGUUUUGUCUAUGACAUCUUCAAACCUGCUGACCCUGACAAAAUCAUUGGAGACAUCCAUAGUUUCAAACUAAAGGGCAAUGAUCUCUUCAAGGCUGGAAAUGCAUAUGCGGCCUUGGAUUGCUAUUCAAAUGCUAUUGGGCUUCUGAACUCCAUGUCAGCAGGACUUGCUAUGCAGAAGAUGGGCAGUCACGAGAUUGCGGUGGUGUAUGGAAACAGAGCCGAAUGUUUCCUCAAGCUAGGUUUCUACCAGCAAGCUCAUGAUGAUGCCAUGCAAAGUGUCUCCAUUGAUGAACACUGGUAUAAGGCCCAUAUCCGUGUUGGCAAAGCGAUGAAAGGCAUGGCACACUUAAUGAUUUCAAUGCAGGCAUUCUGUAAUGCUUAUUUUUGCCCCAUCUCAGAGGACAAGGUGAAGGUUGAAAUCCUUGUAGAGCUUGCACCUGUACUACAAACGCUGAAUUUCCAUGGAAGACUGGACAAGAUCCCCAUAGAGGAUGGUCACAUCUGGGCUCAAGCCAGCUACAAAUUGCUGUCAAAGAACGACUGGGACUCUGCAUCUGCUGCCUUCCACCAGUAUGAACAGUCCAAGUGCAAGCAGCCUCACCUGCCUCUUACUUUGAAGCCAUUCUGCGCUAUCGAUAAACUUAAAGUGCAUAGCUGGUGCCUGGGCCUGAUUCAGUAUCUAUUGGAGUGUGGAGCUGACAAGAAGACACUCUCUCUGGACGAUCGGGACACCUACAUGCAUGCUGUGAUUAAAAUCACGCUUGUUGUCGGUAAGUCAACGGAGCUGCUGAAGUACCUUUUGAAGCGUUAUUGUUGCCCGGGUUACUCUGACCAGCACAAAGUUGACCGGAGUGGCAACACGGUGCUUCAUACAGCCACGCAGCAGAGGAACGCAGGCAAGAAGAUGAGACAAGAUGUCAUUGAGAUGUUGUUGAAGAGGAAAGUUGACCCAAGUGCAUGUAACCAAUCUGAUAAGGUGGCACUGGAUUACCUCCCCUCAGGAGAAUAUCAGAGCAGGGAGUUGCUUCGCAUGGCCAUGUUUAACAAAGGGAAACUCGCAAGCACAGUUGGAGACAAUACAGAGAGCAAUGAAAGUACCACGGCAUCAGAGUCUGCUGAGGUGAAACAACACAAACAGAAACCCCGUCGCAAGGACCCCUGUAACCUCUGUGAAGACCUUUAUCAGCAGGCUGCUGUCAUACUUCAGAAAGAGGUGAUUGAAGGUUUCGACAAACUUACAAAGAUUUUAGCUGAAGAACAUUCCAGUUCUCGUCACGAGGGUAUUGUGAGCAGAACAGUUUCCCUCGUCGUUCAGACCUUGUCUAAGAUGCAAAACCUGGAGCACAUUAACAGCCUGCUGUGUAUCCCUAUAGACUAUAUCAUUAUUAUUGUGGAGCGACUGGCUAUGGGUGAUCACUGGAGACAGCUUGACAUGCUGGUCAGGAAAUACAGGAACACUCUUGGCAAGGAUAAACUCAAAGCCUUUGCAACCAACAUGACUGUAGUGCGAGUCAUUAAUGAGCCGUCACUGGCAAAAAAUGAAGAUCUGAAGCUUCAGAUUGUGCUUAAUCUUCUCAACAGCAAUGCGUCAUUUGGGAGUGAUGGUGGACAGUUGGCCAUGAAGUAUGCUGUGGCCGCUGAGCACUAUCGUGUUCUGUAUGAGCUCAUUAAGCGUGGGGCUGAUACACGCGCUUUGUCAGUAAGUCCCGGAGAUACGCCCAUGCAUGCUGCUGUUCAGAUAGCCCUAGGAAAGGACAAAAAUCUUACUAUACUGGAGCAUUUGCUUACCCAGUACGACUCAAACCGUGAGGAGAAUGGACAUCUGGAUCCUGAACAGCUGGACCAGAAUGGAGACUGUCUCUUCCAUCUUGUAGCCAAGGCUAAGAACAUCUCACAGGCUGUCAAGGUCACAGAUCUACUAUGCACUCGAAGGAUUUCCGGUGACUAUGUCAACAUGGAAGGAAAGUUACCACAAGACUACAUCAUGAAGAAAACUGAUCGCCGCCUUCAAUAUCUGAGAGAUGCCAAGUCUGUACCACCCACGAACAAGCAAAUGUUCAGCCGUACGAAGACAGCAACAACGACCACUCCAAUUAAAGACGACAUAUAUGAGUUUAUAAGUACUGCUGAGAGUGAGGCAAAAAGAUCUGCUGUUGCACAAGAAAUCACUAAAACUAUAUCAGCCAGGGAAACCAGAAUACAGAAAAUCAGCACUUUGAUUAGCCUGUUACCGGAGACCUCACAUUCAGUAUUCAGUACUCCAGAAAUAGUUGAUACUGAGACAAAAUCAGCAGAGGAAGUCAAAGAAGUAAAUGUAAACGACUUAACACAGGUGUCAAAUAUUACAAAAAGGGCUUUAUUGCUGAUCAGUCCAUCAGAAAACAAGGUCAAAGAAAAUGCAGAAGGACUUUAUUCUGAUUCAGAGAGUGAUGACACUUAUCUAAGUGCAUCUGAAGAACCUAACGAGAAACUGACUGAUCUUAGCUUUAAUGGAAAACCUUCAUCUGAAAAGGCUGGUACCAUUGGUAAUAUUGCUGCAAGUGAUGAUACUGAACUGGGCAAGGCAAUUGUGAAUGAAGUGAUUGCUGAUGGAUCAGGUGAUCAUUCAAACGCUGGUGUUGAAAAAAAAUGUUUGGAAACCACGGGCAACGCAAAUAAAGUUGAUAUUCAUAUAACUGGUGAGAAAUCGGACAAAACAGCAUCUAUGUCAAAAGACAUCGAAACUAACAAUAUUUGUCACAAAGGAACUCAAGAUCACGUGGAUGGACCAAUAAAAAAGGCAGACGAUAUCGUUGAGGUUGUUGAAGAAAAAGAAGACAGUGGUGAUGAUGCCGAUGAUGAGGAGACUUUUGUUGUAGAUGCAGAGGUGUUUGACAACUUAGAAUGGGAGGUUGAAUGCACCACUGAAGUGUGGAAGACACUGAGAGAUAAACGUGUGCUGCCAGAGCUGAAACGACGAAUAGUGCACAAAAUACAGCUGCUGGCUAGCGGUAAUUGGCAGCCACAUCUCUGCAAAAAACUAGUCCAUGUGCGUCCAACUUUAAAUCUGUUUGAAGCUAAGUUUAGCAAAGGCCGGCGUAUAAUCUGGGAGCUAGCAGUUGCAUUUUCUCCACGACUUAGUGAGACGGCCGAACGUCGUCUGCAUUCGAAGCAAGGGGACUUAAUUCAGCCCGUUCGUGGAGGGAAGAUUUAUUCUGAGAUUAUACGAGUCUGGGAUAUCGUCAUGGACCAUAAUAAAAUAUACAGAUCGGUCCAGAGGAUUAAUGACUCCCACGAACGGGGAAAGCAGUGCAUCAUUCAGAAGAACCUGCGAGGAAUGCGUGUCGAUCAGACCUUACAACCUGGUGUCGGCAAACGCUUUCCAAUGCUGUUCGCUGAAGACGACGCGGCUAAGGAAGAACUGUUGCAACAAAAUCAGGAGAUUCAGAAGUACUUUCCACCAGCGAGCUCCAACGAGACGGAGUACCACAUUCUCAAGUUUUACUCGUUCUCCUCGGCCCUGGUUAGCCACGUGCUGCAGAAUAUUGAGUCCAAAGUGGACUUCCCGUUCCGGGUGACAGACUUGGAGCAUGCCAUCAUCAAUCUCAGGUCCAAAGGUCCCAUUUUGCUUCUCGGAAGGAGUGGAACUGGCAAAACAACCUGCUGCAUGUACCGACUUUGGAGUCAUUUCCACACCUACUGGUUGAAGGCAAAAGAAGCAGGAGCUCCCAUCCUACCCCGGUGUGUGGAGUUUGUGCAUCAGAAACCCAUUGAGAAAGAUGAUACGAACGAAGAAGGAGAGAUUCCAGACAACUCUGAGAUAGGGAAGAACGUUACUGGAGCCACUGGGGGACCAAUGCCAGAGGCCCUUGUUUGUACCACGCCAGAGCCAGAAGAGGUGGAUAGUAUGUACGAUCAUCUGCAUCAGUUGUUUAUAACGAAAAACGCAGUGCUCUGCAGUGAGGUGCAGAAGAAUUUCCGGGAGUUAAGUCACGCAAACGACCUGAUGGCAGAUAACUUGCAGCACGAGGAUGAAAAUCUGCCGCCUCGCCUUCAGGACGUUAAAGACUACGCAUUCCCCAUGUUUGUUACAUCCAGGCAGUUAUUGCUUAUGCUGGAUGCGUCUGCUGGUCCUCCGUUCUUCUUUGCACGGAUGGAAGACGGCAGUCUCAAGGUUGACAUCAGUGGCUGGACAGAUGCGGGAGGUCCACUCAGUAUUCUGUCACUUCUAGAUGAUGAGUCUGAUGCUGAAGACGACAUGGACGAGUUUGAAGAUUCAGACCAUGAAAUGGAGAUGGGAGAUAACUGGAAUACUGGGACCACUGGAAAAGCAAUAAAGGUUAAUCCUAGAAGGGAAAUUACCUACACAGUUUUUGUUGAGGAGAUAUGGAGGCGCAUAAAGAAGAACACUUCGUCAUAUCACCCGUCCUUAAUUUGGACAGAGAUCAUGUCUUUUAUCAAAGGUUCGUAUGAAGCGUUGUCAAAACCUAAAGGCUUCUUGGACAAAGAAGAGUAUUUUGAGUUGGGAAGAAAAAGGGCACCAAAUUUCACCGGGGAAAGGGAUCUGAUCUACUCAUUCUUUCUCAAGUACGAGCACUUCAGGAAGCAGCACGCACUGUUUGACGAGACUGAUCUUGUGCAUGAUGUGUUUCAACGUCUUCGACAACUGGAGUCUCGUCCCUGGGUGAUUCACCAGAUUUUUGUGGAUGAGACCCAGGAUUUCACACAGGCAGAGCUUUGUCUGUUGAUACGAUUGUGUCAAAAUCCAAAUGACAUGUUUCUAACAGGUGACACAGCUCAAAGCAUCAUGCGAGGAAUAUCAUUUCGGUUCAGUGAUCUACGUUCACUGUUUUACCACGCCAAACAAUCUAUGCAAGCCAUGGGAAAAACAACAGCCCUUGAGGUUCCUAAACAGGUGUACCAACUCACGCACAACUACCGGUCUCACGCGGGGAUUCUCUCCCUGGCAUCAAGCAUUCUGGAACUCAUGGUUGAAUUCUUCCCAGAAUCAUUUGACCGCCUGCAGCCAGAUAAGGGUCUCUUCAAUGGCCCGAGGCCGAUUCUGCUUGAGUCCUGUAGUUUUGGGGACCUUGCUGUUCUGUUGAGGGGAAACAGACGAAAAACAUCGCACAUUGAAUUUGGUGCACACCAAGCUAUUCUACUUGUCAAUGAUGCAGCUCGAGAUUCCAUUCCGGAAGAGUUACAACUUGGUCUUAUUCUUACGAUCUACGAAGCUAAGGGGCUAGAGUUUGAUGACGUACUUCUCUACAACUUCUUCAAAGAUUCCCAGGCUUCAAAGGAAUGGCGUGUUGUCACAGAUUUCUUGGAUCGUCUAGUGCAAAACGAGUCGGCGAUUAUUUCUAGUGGCAACCUUAUCACCAUAGACCAAGAAAUUUUGGAAUCGUCAAGUCGUCCUCGACCACUGAAAUUUGACGCAAACCAACACAAAGUCCUGAAUUCAGAGUUGAAGCUCUUGUACACGGCGUUGACCAGGGCUCGUGUAAAUGUCUGGAUAUUUGAUGAAGACCGUGAAAAAAAGGCUCCGAUGUUUGAGUAUUUCAAGGCACGCAAACUGGUGAAACAUUUGGAAGUACAAGAAAUAAAUGAAACAAGUCUGUCAGAAACGGUUUUUGCUGAGAAAUCAAGUCCUGCAGAUUGGCUGCGACGAGGCGAUGACUUUAUGCGCCACUCUCUGUACACAGUGGCAGCCAAGUGCUUCGGAAUGGGGGGAGACCAUGAGAGAGAAAAGGUGGCUCUUGCUCAUGGACAGGCACUGCUGGCAUCAAGACUUAAAGAUAAGCCUCAUCAGAUGCGAGAUGAGUUUUUACAUGCGGCUGAGCUGUACCUGGAGUGUAACAAACCUUCAAAGGCUGCGCUGUGCUUACAGAAUGCGAAAGAACGAGACCUCGCAGCUGAACUCUUUGAAAAACUUGGGCAGUAUGACAGAGCUGCAGAAAUCUACAAAAAAAUGAAACGAUCAUUAGCCAGCAGCCGAUGUUAUGAACAGAAUGGUAACUUUAACGAAGCUAUCAAAGUUCUGUGCAAUAACGAAAACUUUGAUAUGGCCAUAGACACUUUAAGAAGAUAUACCAUCUUAAUUAAGGAUCUGGAACAGAGAGGAUUGCCAAUCCCAAUAUCCCAACAUCGUCCUGACGCCGCCUACACUGAGGAAAGGCUGAGUCACAGGGCGGCCGCCUUGUACCAUCACUACAAGAAGGAAGACAAGAUGAUGGAAGAUGUGGAGAAAUUUAAAGAUGACAACGACCGUAUCGAAUUUCUUAAAACAAAAAAAUACAUAAAUCAAGCAGCACAGAUAUUGGCUAACUCUGGAAAAUUUGAAGAAGCGGCUGAAAUGCUUUUCACCUAUGGAAAAAGAGAAGAAGCAGUUUCAAUGGCCAAGAAGACGGAAGACGGAGCAGUGAUUGGCAAAUACCUCCUUAUGAAGUGCAGAUCUCUACUGCACGACAAUGACAAAUCAUCAACUGAACUCGGAGAAUUAAAUUUGAUACUUCAACAUGCAAUAUCUGAAACAAUCGAAAAGUUUGAGUGUUGCAACGAUCUUGAUGGGCUAGGAGCUGCUUGGAUAUUGAACUGGGAAUUGUCAGAGAAUACACAGUGUAUCGAAAAGGCCAUACUGUCUUUUCGUAAGUCAAAACCCGUAGAGAACACCGCUGGGAUAGUUGAAUGCGCGCAUUUGCUUGUCCAAACACAAAAUCUGAGUCUUGAAAACCUGAAAUUAUGUAUUAGGAGUAUCCACGAUUCGUUUAACGUUUGCUUUGCUUUGCUUUUUCCGACUUUAAAGCAAAAUUUUGACAUACUCUUAAAGUUUGACAGUUUUUAUGGCUUAAAACCUUGCAGUAGCGAAAACUAUGCUGUCCAUCCAAAAGAAAGACCACGUUGUCUCGACCUACUUAAAAAUAUUUCUUCGAAAGAUAAGAAAAAAAAAGAAGUUCUUGAAGUCUCAAAGAAAGAAGUUCGUGAUGGUUUAGCUGUUGUCCUUCUAAAGAGAAUUCAGAAAUGGCUUGAACCAAUCUUUUCGCGCAUUCAGAUCCUUAGGGAUGAAAAAAUGGUUUGUGAACAGUUUAAAUUAGAUAUGCCAUGUUCUCUUGGAAUAAAAUGUAGAAAGCUGCAUCGUCCACAAACAAAAGAAGAUUUCAGCAUGUUGAUUAAACUAGACGUUUUGUGCAUCGAAUGUGAAGGCCAUGUUCAAACUGGAGCAACGAGCUUGAUGAAAAAGAAAUGCCCAGAUGCAGUGACAUCUGUUGUAGAGUGGUUUGUAAGAAAUAAAUUUCAAAAUUUCAACGAAAGGUAUAGAGGCUGCAUCUGUCUCUGGAAUGAUCUUAUGCCUGUCGAUGGUCAUCCUUAUCUACUUGGAAAUGACUUUAACAAUCUAAAAGAAUACAUAUCAGAAAACAAGGUAAGAAAGCAACUAAAAGAGUUUUUAGAAGAGCAAUGGAAACACGCUGAAGCUUGUGGCAAAGGUGUGCUGCUCAAUAGCCAGGCUGUUAAAGAAUCUGAGGUUUUCAUGCGCAUUGAGUUUGGCUACUAUCUUUUCCAUUUUACAACUGGGAAACAUCAGUUUGAAAUCUCACCGUCAGACAAAAUGAGAAAGUUGGAAUUUCAGCUGGAUUGCGAAAUAAUGAAGAAUGUGAAAAAAGGAAAACGGUUCAAGCAAACAUAUUACACACUCAUGGUUUCACCGCACAACGAUACCAUGAAUGUUGAGUGUACUGCCCGAAGGUUUGUUGAUGCAUUUGAUGAACUUUUGAAGGGAAAUAUAUGGGAAGCUGUGGUAAAAUUCACAAGAUUUAUCAUUCUUUCUAGCAAGAAAGAUGUUGAAGUUCUUGAACCGUGGGUAUUCAUAAUGUGGUUGGAGUUCUACUGUACACUGGCUUCAUUAAUAGUUGCGAAAUUGAAGGGUCAGAAUUUUCCAGAUUUUCUGUUUGUUCUUCCAAACAACUAUUUAAACCUCAUGUAUUUUGUGGAAGCAACGAUUCCAUCUUAGCUCAAAAUAACUGAUGCAAUUCAGAGGAUUCAAAUUAGCUACAAAAGUAUUCCAAAAAAGAUUUUUAAAAUGCAAGAACGUUUGAAAUAUAUGGCAAAUGCUGUUGCAGGAUUUUAUGCCCAUUUACCUUUGAUGGAGACACUAUUGAAGAACAGUGUACAUAAUCAAAUGAUGUUUGGUGGCAUUGAACGACUGUUGAUUCUGGCAAUGAGCCUGGUGUGCAACAUUGGAAAAACUGUUGACAUAGAUAAUGAACUGGCGUUAAUGAAGAUGAUGACAAAAAUGAAAUUACACGACAAUGCGCCAUUGCGCCUCCGAAGAACACUGGAGCGUUUGCAGAAUGCUACAGGAAUAACAGAUGUUGCUCAAUUGCUAAUGGAUGUGUUGAAUUAUCGUCAAAGAUCAGAGCUUUUACUGGUAUGCUCAUGGCAAACAGAAAAUAAAAUGGCCAUUCUUGCAAAAAGUGCCCUUAAGACUUCAGCAGAUAUUGGAGGAAUGUUCGAUGACCAGUUCUUUAAUGCUGAAAGAAAAUCGGCUUCAAUACAACAACACAAAAAAGAUAGUCAUUACUUUCCUGAAGCCGAUGGCGGAGAAACAGACUUUGAACAGGAAAAUGACUUAGAGGAAGAUCAGACUGAAGAGGAAAUUGAGAAAAGUCCAAGGGAAAAACAAGAACAACAACUACGAGAUAGGAGGGAACGGGCUGUCACGACUAUAUCGCGUUGGUAUCGAAAGAUACGUGAUACGAGGCAAUCCAAGAAAGAUACCGACACUUUAUUUGAUCCAAGUUUUGCUGGAAUUAAAGUGGACAGUAAAUCUUGUGGUAUAUGCGGUGUCUAUUUUGAUAUGCGUAAGAAUAAUGACAACACAGCUGAAAUAUUGACGCUUGUUCGAAAGGAACAUAUAACUACCCAAGGCCAUGUACGGAACUCACUAGAAUUGAGUAUUUUCAAAAAAACGUAUCAGGAUACCAUUGAACCGAAACUAAAAGAGAUAAAAACUUUCCUUCAUGAUUCUAGGCUUGGACUUUUUGACCAGUCGUAUGUAGAGAGCCACUAUGCCCAGCACCAGAUGGACAUACAAAGACUGCACACGCUUGUAUACCAAAUAGAGAAAGAGAUUCAACUCAAGAUCAACAGCAGAAAGUGGAUGCAUGCGGGUUUAGUCGGAAUGAAAUUGAAAGAGUUGGAAACUAAUUUCCAAAGUCUUAAAUCUUGUAUUGGGCAGAUUCAGGAAAAACUGAGACAGGAAAAUGAAGAGAGAGAUUAUCAGGCUGCUGCUUCGAACAUUCCAAAAACUGUGAAUUCGGAUGAUGAAAAAGAGGAUAUACAGGUAGUUGUGGAAGAACCUAAGGUUGCACCAAGGAAAGGACGAGCAAACAAGAAAAACAAACGGAAACGUUAGCAGUAACGAUUCUCUUUGAUUUGUUAUGAAACUCCAAGGACAUGUUUGACCCUUAAACGUACAAAAUCAUUUUCUUGUUUGUGAACUAUAUGUUUUAUUUACACACAAUAUUUAAAGUGUACUGUCCAAACUGACUGUUGUUAUUUGUUUUACGUAGUAUAAUAUAUAUAUAUAUUGUGAACUAUUUUUAAUAUGAGUAUGUUUAUGUUAAGUGGAAUUUUAUUUUAUUAAUGUUUCCAUCGUUGAGUUGUGAUCGAUGCUGUUGCAAUGUUCAAAUGCUUUUGGUAUUAGUUGUUUAUGUUAUCUGACAAUGAGUGGAAGGCAUUAAGCAUGGCUUUCAUCAGUCCACAGUCAUGAUUAAAUACUUUACAUGUGUAGAUGAUCAUAAAUAAAUAGCUUCGACAAGUUUUGGCCCGUCGUUUUUCUCGUCAUAAACUUUAAGUUGUCGUUUUCAACUCCUCUUCAAAAACUAAGUGGAUCUCGCUCAAACGUCGACAUUUGAAUACUUCAAUGUGUAAAUGGCCGUAAAAAAAAAGGGCGGUUACGAGUUUUGGCAGAGUUAUGGUUCUUUGGCUGUGUUUUGUCUAUAACAAAUGUAAUCGAUAUCUCUUUAACUUCUUGAUGGAUCACUUUCCAAUGACCUGAAUGUGUAGACAAUCCUGACCAUAGGAAUAUCUGCUGCGACUAUAUCUGUGAGAAUUAUUGUCUGUGUGUCCAAUAUGGAAUAUAUAGUUAGUGUGUUUUUAACUUCUUACUACUUGGCCUAAUUAGGCUCAAACUUUGAAAACUUUAAGACCAUGAAAAGAAGAUGAUUUGUCUGGCAGGAACUAUUGUCUCUUAUCUAAUUAUACACUUUAUAAUAUAUAGUGGAUUUAUAAUAUGCCACACCCUGUGUCCCAUGUAAUAUAACCAUUGCGAAUAUUUUUAUCUUACACGUGUGUAAUUGAUUGACCAAUCGCAUUUUGUUAUUUUCCUGAAAUGACUGCAACGUCAAAUGACGUCACGAAAUGUAAACAACAUUCGGGAUUUAUCAUUAUGUUUGCGUAAAUAUGUAUUUCAUUUGCUCAUUUAAAAGCAUGUGCUAAAAAAAGAUAUGACACUCAUUGUCAUACCAUAUCAUAUUUUAUUAAACUCGUCCAGGAAAUUUGUAAGUAAGCGAGCCUGUACUAACACAGUUCCUGAACUCGUUAAAUAAAAUAUGGUAUGAUAUGACAACUCGUGCCAGAUCCUAUAUAUAUAUCUGUGUUAUGGGUUCUUCAUUGAGUGUGUGCCACAUUCAACAAUAACGUAGUUUUUUUCACAAAAUACGACCUUAAACUUGUUUACUUUGUUUUCACGAUGAAUAUGAUUACUAUUUGACUUAUGAAUAUGUUAAGGUGCAUCUCUUACACGUAGCAUUUCCAUUACGAUGUGAUUUCUUAAUAUGUAAUGUUGAUUUGUUUACACUUAGAAUUACCGUUUCGAUCUUAAUCCGUUAUUUAGCUCUUUCAACAUAUUAAACUACCGUCAAUAUGUGAAUUCUGUAAUAUGAUACGUUGUUUUUGUGUGUAUUAUUUCUUUUGGUUAAAUUAGUAUUGUCAUGGACACAUGGACAUUUAAGUUCCCAUAAUGGAAGCAAUCUAAAUCGCUUCGAGCGUACCUUACACAGUAUACUAUCUUGACCUCAUUACACUCUUGCAAAACGUGCACAAAAAGAAGUGAUUAAAAAUAUAUGAAACAAUUCAAGCGUACAUUUUCCUUAUGAAAUUCUCGAGUGUCAUAGCAAUCUUGUCUAGUUAUACUGUCUGACUUUCUAUGUAUCUGUAAUAUUGCUUGUAUUGCGUAAUAUAAGUGUUAGUGUUGAUCAUGACGAAACUUUUAGCUCACACUGUCCCCAAAGUAUGUGCCUUAGACUAAUAAUCAUCUAUGUUGUUUAGAAGUAUUUACGUUGCAACUUUAUAUGUCGAAUUAUUAAGCUCAUCAGAGUGAGCCGAUGUGUGUCGUAAUGUUUCCAUGUUCUGUAAAGUGUGACUGUAAAUCUUUACCAUACAUUUUUUGCUGUUGAUAGCCAUGAAUGCAUCUUGAUAUGCUUUGAACCACUUGAGACAUGUCUAUUAAGAUUUCAUGUUUGUAUGGAGCUUGCAUAAUGAAGACAUAACGUUUCUUUGUUACUUAAUAGCUGACUAAACUUCUGUUAAAACGCUCUGCUUCAUUUGUCAGGUAUAGUCACCUGUUUGUUUAUUAUUGCUGUUUUAUUGUGUUUUAGCCCCCGGUAGGGUGGCAUAUGGCAGUUGAACUGUCCGUCCGUCAGUCAGUCAGUCAGUGUGUAAGUCAGUCAGUCAGUCAUUCAGUCCGUCCGUCCGUCCGAAAACUUUAAUGGCCAUUACUUUUCAAUAUUGAAGAUAGCAUCUUGAUAUUUUGCAUGCAUGUGUAUCUCAUAGAGCUGCACAUUUUGAGUAGUGAAAGGUGAAGGUCAAGGUCAUCCUUCAAGGUCGAAUGUCAAAUAUAUGGUGUCUGUCCGUCCGUCCGAAAUCUUUUACAUUGGCCAUCACUUUUUCAAUAUUGAAAGCAACUUGAUAUUUGGCAUGCAUGUGUAUCUCAUGGAGAUGCACAUUUUGAAAGGUCAAGGUCAUCCUUCAAGGUCGAAGGUCAAAGAUAUGGCAUCUGUCCGUCCGUCCGAAAACUUUAACUUUCACCAUAACAUUGUUUUGCUCCUGAAGAGUGGCAUAUAGUUUUUGAACUGUCCAUCUGUCUGUUUGUCAGUCUGUCCGUUCGUCAGUCAGUCUAUCCGUCCGUCCGUCCGAAAACUUUAACAUUGCCCAUAACUUUUGCAAUAUUGAAGAUAGCAACUUGAUAUUUGGCAUGCAUGUGUAUCUCAUGUGGCUGCACAUUUUGAGUGGUGAAAGGUUAAGGUCAAGCUCAUCCUUCAGGUGAAAGGUCAAGGUCAAAGGUCAAAUUUUGCAAUAUUGAAGAUAGUACAUGUAACUUGAUAUUUGGCUUGCAUGUGUAUCUCAUGGAACUGCACAUUUUGAGUGGUGAAAGGUCAAGGUCAUCCUUCAAGGUCAGGUCUAAGGUCAAAUUUGUAAUAUUGAAGAUAAUAACUUGAUAUUUGACAUUCAUGCAUAUCUCAUGGAGCUGCUCAUUUUGAGUGGUGAAAGGUCAAGGUCAUCCUUCAAGGUCAAAGGUCAAAUUGUGCAAAAUUUUGAAGAUAGCAACUCGAUAUUUGGCAUGCAUGCGUAUCUCAUGGAGCUGCACAUAUUAAGUAAUAAAUGGUCAAGGUCAUCGUUCAAGGUCAAAGGUCAAAUUUUGCAAUAUUGAAGAUAUCAACUAGAUAUUUGGCAUGCAUGUGUAUCACAUGGAGCUGCACAUUUUGAGUGAUGAAAAGUCAAAGUAAAGGUCAUCCUUCAAGGUCAAAGGUAAACGUUUUGCAAUAUUGAAGAUAUCUACUUGAUAUUUGGCAUGCAUGUAUAUCUUAUUGAGCUGCACAUUUUGAGUGGUGAAAGAUCAAUGUCAUCCUUCAAGGUCAAUGUCAAAGGUCAAAUUUUGCAAUAUUGAAGAUAGCAAUUCCAUAUUUGGCAUGCAUGCGUAUCUCAUGGAGCUGCACAUUUUGAGUGGUGAAUGAUCAAGGUCAUCCUUCAAGGUCAAAGGUAAAAUAUAUGGCUUCAAAGCAGCGCAGUAGAGGGCAUUGGGUUUCAUGAACACAGCUCUUGUCCUUUUCAAUUAUUGUUUGCGUGAACUUUUAUAGUUUGGUUGUUUUGUCAACUUAUGGUUAUGCGUAAUCGUUGUAUUUCUUGUGUUAACUUUUACAACAAACAAUUUACAAUGUUGAUGAUUACAAUAAUAACAUCUGUAUUUGUUAUGCCCCACCUACUUCAAAGAAGAGGGGUUAUAUUGAUUUACUAGAUGUCGGUCGGUCUGUCGGUAGACCAGUUCGUUUCCGAUCAAUAACUUGUCAACAAAUUUACCGAUUGGCUUGAUACUAUACAUGUGCAUUUGCCUUAGACAGUAGCUGACCCCUGUUGAAAUUGAGGUCACUAGGUUAAAGGUAAAGGUCACGGUCACAAUAAAUGUGAAAAUCGUUUCCAAUCAAUAAAUCGUUAACAAAUUGACUGAUUGGCGUGAUACAUCACAUUAGCAUUGGCAUUGAACAACAUAUGACCCCUAUUGAAUUUGGGGACACUAUGUCAAUUUCAAGGGCACUGUCAAAAUAAGUGUAAAAAUCGUUACCGAUCAAUAACUCGUCAACAAAUUGACCGAUUGGCUUGAUACUUCCCGUGUGCAUUUGCCUUGGACAGUAGAUGACUCCUAUUGUAAUUGGGGGGUCACUAGGUUAAAGGUCAUGGCCACUGUCACAGUAAGUUGGAUACUUGUUUCUUAUCAAUAAUUCAUCAACGAAUCGACCGAUUGGCUUGAUACUUCCCAUUUGAAUUUGCUCUGGACAGUAGAUGUCCCCUUUUGAAUCUGGGGUCAUUAGGUCAAAGGUCAAGGUCAAUGUCACAAUAAGUGUGAAAAUUGUUUCUGAUCAAUAACUCGUCAACGAAUUGAAUGACUGUCUUUAUACUUCACAUGUGCAUUGGCCUUGGCCAUUAGAUGACUCCUAAUGAAAUUUGGGUCACGAGUUCAAAGCCCUGGUUUUGGGGGCAUAUGUCUCCGACCGCGGAACUCUUGUUUAUUUUUCUGUUGUCUUACUAAAAAUGUUAUUAUAAACGUAAACAGUUUUUAACAAGGAUUCAUUUGAAAAUAUGCCGUUCGUAUUUGAUUUUGCUUUACUUGGGUUUGAUUAAAAAGGGAAACCAA